UGCUUCAUCGAUCACUCCUCACGUUGUUUCUUUCUAGUCUUUAGUGUAGUCUCAAUCUUGGAGAUGGAGUUUCGGGCCAAGAGUGAUUUUUUGGUUUUCUUGCUAUGCUGUUUAGCGUUGUUCAAUAUUAAUUGCGUCGAAGCAUCCCAUGAGGUUUUCCUCAACCUUCAAUCCCUGUCCCUGCCUGCACCUCUUAAUCAUGUCUACCACCUUCACAGAACUCGUUAUCAUUUUCAACCCCGCAAAAAUUGGAUUAAUGAUCCAAAUGGACCAAUGUAUUACAAUGGAAUCUAUCACCUGUUUUAUCAGUACAAUCCGAAAGGUGCUGUGUGGGGCAAUAUUGUUUGGGCUCAUUCAGUCUCAAAGGAUUUGGUUAACUGGAAAAAAUUAGAACAUGCCAUUUACCCGUCAAAGCCAUUUGAUCAGUAUGGUUGUUGGUCAGGCUCGGCCACAGUCCUCCCUGGAAACAAGCCCGUUAUUCUAUACACUGGAAUUGUCGAUGAUAAACAAACACAGGUCCAAAACUAUGCUGUUCCAGCCAACUUAUCAGACCCAUAUCUCCGUCUGUGGAUCAAGCCUGACAACAACCCAUUGAUCGUCGCGGAUAAUUGGGUUAACAAGACAGCAUUCCGUGAUCCAACAACAGCUUGGUUUGGCAAAGAUGGAAAGUGGAGAGUUACUAUUGGCGGAGUGUGGAGAGUUACUAUUGGCGGCAGGAGAAAGCACAGAGGGAUUGCAUAUUUGUAUAGGAGUAAGGAUUUCAUGCGCUGGACCAAGGCUAAGCAUCCAUUGCAUUCGGCUGCUGGGACUGGCAAUUGGGAAUGCCCUGAUUUCUUCCCUGUACAAGUUAAUGGCAAAAAUGGGCUGGACACUUCUGUUACAGGCCGUAAUGUGAAAUAUGUGUUCAAGGUCAGCCUUGAUGUCACCAGAUAUGAGUAUUACACCAUAGGUACAUACGACAUUAAAAAAGAUAAGUACAUUCCCGAGAAAGACAUGAUAGAUGGUUGGAAUGGGUUGAGGUAUGACUACGGUAACUUCUAUGCAUCAAAAUCGUUCUUCGACCCUGGCAAGAAUAGGAGGAUCUUGUGGGGUUGGGCAAAUGAAUCUGAUACUACUGACAAUGAUGUCAAGAAGGGUUGGGCUGGUAUCCAGCUUAUCCCACGUACGGUUGUGCUUGAUCCUAGUGGCAAACAGUUGUUGCAAUGGCCGGUUGAGGAAUUAGAAACUCUAAGAGGGAAGAAGGUGGAAUUGAGCAACCAGAAUCUCAAUAAGGGAGAAAAGAUUGAAAUCAAAGGAAUAACAGCAGCGCAGUCCGACGUUGAUGUAACCUUCUCAUUCAACAGCUUGGACAAGGCUGAGACCUUUGAUCCGAGCUGGGAUAGAUAUGAUGCGCAAAAGCUUUGCAGCCAAAAGGGGUCAACAGUUGAAGGUGGAUUAGGACCAUUUGGGCUGUUGACAUUGGCUUCAGAAAACCUGGAAGAAUACACCCCCGUGUUCUUUAGAGUUUUCAAGGCUCAAGACAAGCACCUAGUUCUUAUGUGCUCAGAUGCAUCAAGGUCCACAUUAAUGAAUGGAAACUCUUCCAUGAAGGACGGGAAGGACGCAUAUAGACCAUCAUUUGCAGGAUUCGUAAAUGUGGACUUGAACGAUAAGAAGCUCUCUCUCAGGAGUUUGAUUGAUCACUCUGUUGUGGAGAGCUUUGGGGCCGGAGGAAGAACUUGCAUUACAUCUCGGGUCUAUCCAAUUCUAGCAGUUUGUGACAAAGCACAUCUAUACGCAUUCAACAAUGGCACUGAGACUGUUAAAAUUGACACUUUGAAAGCCUGGAGCAUGAAUAGGCCUAAGGAGAUGAACCACUAAGAGAGAAGCUGUAAUGGUUUAUUUCGACAACCUAUGUAAACUACUUAUUAGUGAUUGUGAACUAUAUAUAGCACCAAUUUCAUUAAGCAAAAAACAAUGUCGUUCUAAGAAAUGAAGGGAUGUAUUAUAUCUUAGCUUCAAAUAAUAGCAUACCAUCCACCAGCAAUCUCUGCAAUAAAAAUCACAGCUUUCAUUAUCGCAUCA